AUGAACGCAAUCGUAGCUCUGUGCCACUUCUGUGAACUCCAUGGGCCGCGCACCCUUUUCUGUACAGAGGCCCUGCACUCGCCCAUCCCCCAGGGAGCCGGCUGUGGGGAUAGUUUGGGUACGGGGGAGCAGGUCGAGGAGGAAGAAGGGGGGAUCCAGAUGAGCAGCAGGAUUCGCUCACACAGCCCUGCGGAUGGGGCAAGUGCAGGAUCCAACAGCCCGAGGCUCAGGAAAUCUGACAUGUGUGAAGGUUGCCGAUCUUUGGCUGCUGGGCAUCCUGGGUACAUUAGCCACGACAAGGAGACGUCCAUUAAGUAUGUCAGCCACCAGCACCCCAAUCACCCGCAGCUGUUCAGUAUCGUACGCCAAGCCUGUGUGCGCAGCCUGAGCUGUGAGGUCUGCCCUGGCCGCGAAGGUCCAAUUUUCUUUGGCGAUGAGCAGCAUGGCUUCGUUUUCAGCCACACUUUCUUCAUAAAGGACAGCUUGGCACGAGGCUUCCAGCGCUGGUACAGCAUUAUCGUCAUCAUGAUGGACAGAAUCUACCUAAUCAACUCCUGGCCCUUUCUGCUGGCUAAGAUCAGAGGGGUGAUAGAUGAGCUACAGGGGAAGGCAUUGAAGGUGUUUGAAGCAGAGCAGUACGGAUGCCCACAGCGCCCUUUAAGGAUUAACACGGCCUUCACACCAUACAUGCACCAGAGGAAUGGAAAUGCAGCUCGCUCCUUGACCUCGCUCACCAAUGACGACAACCUCUGGGCCUGUCUGCACACUUCUUUUGCAUGGUUGUUAAAGGCUUGUGGGUGUCGCCUUACUGAAAAGCUUCUUGAAGGGGCCCCAACAGAGGACACUCUGGUGCAGAUGGAGAAGCAGGCAGACCUGGAGGAAGAAUGUGCAGCCUGGGAAAGCCGCGAAGAAGAGGAGGGAAGGCCAUGUCCCGUACCUGACAUCUUGGAGGGCAGGGAACUGCUAAAGUGCCCCACAGAAUCCUCUGUGCUCUCAGAUUGUAGCUGGACCUGCAGGACGGCCGUGUUCAGAUCUCUGCGCCACAUGAGACAGUCCCUCGGCCCGUCUGCUUUUCGUAUGCUGGCCUGGCAUGUUCUGAUGGGAAAUCAAGUCAUAUGGAAGGGGCACAACCAAGAGCUCAUCCAGUCUGCUUUCGAUGUCCUCCAGGCCAUGCUUCCUGUGGGCUGUGUUCGUAUAAUCCCAUACAGUGAGAAGUAUGAGGAUGCCUAUCGAUGUAACUUUCUGGGAUUAAGCCCACAAGCUGAGAUUCCCCCACAUGUGCAAAGUUCCGAAUUUGCAGUAAUGAUUGACUUAGUGCGCACUGCCCCACGUAGCAAUCUCUACCCUGUUCUGUUCGAGGAAGAGCCUCUCAGCAAAUAUGAGUUUGUGGGGUGGCCAGUGGGAGCCCGGUAGCUACAGACCGUGUGGGACUGACCAUCCUGAACAAGAUCGAAGCUGCCCUGAACAAUGAGAACCUGUCUAUGGAUGUAGUGGACCAGUGUCUAGUUUGCCUGAAAGAAGAGUGGAUGAAUAAAGUGAAGGUCCUGUUUAAGUUCACCAAAGUGGACAGCCGCCCCAAAGAAGACACCCAGAAAAACUGCUUGGCAUUUUGGGGGGCUUCAGAGGAGGACAACAUCAAGCUGCUAAAGUUUUGGAUGACGGGAACUCAGCAAGACCUACAAAUCGCACCUGAUGUCCAGCGUACGCAGCCUACUUCCUCCGAAUGCCGGAACUGA